AUGACGUUUCGGACAGUGGUGUUGCUCUGUUUCUUGUUUAUCGUGGGAGCCUUGUCUCAAGGCGAUGUCGGUUCGAUCAUCAGUAAAACCCAGUUCGAUCAGAUGUUGAAGCAUCGAGAUGAUGUGGCUUGCCCUGGGAAAGGCUUCUACACUUAUGAUGCUUUCGUAGCUGCAGCCAAGUCAUUUGGAGCCUUUGGAACAACUGGUGCCACAGACAUUCGCAAGAGAGAAAUUGCCGCUUUUUUGGCACAAACAUCCCAUGAAACCACAGGUGGGUGGGCUACUGCCCCGGAUGGUCCAUAUGCAUGGGGAUACUGCUACAAAGAAGAACAAGGCAACCCACCAGACUAUUGUGUUGCAAAUCAACAAUGGCCAUGCGUUCCUGGUAAGAAGUACUAUGGUCGAGGCCCCAUCCAAAUCUCAUACAACUACAACUAUGGUCCAGCAGGAAGAGCCAUCGGAUUGAAUCUGCUAAACAGCCCCGAAACCGUUGCAAACGAUCCAGUAGUUUCUUUCAAGACAGCGUUCUGGUUUUGGAUGACACCCCAAUCGCCAAAACCUUCAUGCCACGACGUCAUCACCGGAACAUGGAGGCCAUCGGCAGCAGAUACAGCAGCCGGUCGUGUCCCUGGCUAUGGUGUGAUCACCAAUAUCAUCAACGGUGGAAUUGAAUGUGGUAAAGGUUCUAACCCGCAGGUGGAGGAUCGGAUCGGAUCGGUUUCUACAAGAGAUACUGUGACAUACUGGGAGUCGGCUAUGGCAACAAUCUGGAUUGCUACAACCAGAGGCCUUUUGCUUAGGCACUUAAAGGGGGCGCUCGAGCCUGUCUCCAGAGUUACUUAUAGGAAUAACAUGUUUCAUACAUGCUUGUAA